AUGGAGGUCUACGUAGACGAUAUGCUAGUCAAAAGUCGGACCGCCGACGAUCAUCUUCGAAACCUCUCACUCAUGUUCGGCAAGCUAAAAAAAUACCACAUGCGCUUGAACCCGAGAAAAUGCGCCUUCGGCGUCUCUUCUGGCAAAUUCCUAGGCUUCAUGAUCAGCCAAAGGGGGAUUGAGGCCAACCCCGAGAAGAUUCGAGCGCUCAUCGACAUGCGGGUGUCGAAGACGAAGAAGGAGGUCGAGAGCCUCACCGGCUGA